UGACACUGGUUGGCACCAUGGCUGCGUCCAUUGGCAACCGGAAAUCUUCUUAAAUGGGGGUGCAGUAGUGCCCGGUCGUACAGCUGUCAGGGCUGUGCAAGGUGCCAAAAGUUCUUUUUUCAAAUGUCGUGCCACAGAAUAACUUCCUUGGACUUUGUCUUCAAAGGAUUUUACUUCAGGCCCAGAAUCCUUCAAAAACUACUGAAAACUGCAGUAUUUUCAAAAAAGGUUCUUCAUCAUCCAAAAAGAAUUUAACAGACUGAAAAGAUUGCUGAUAAGAUUUAAAGAUGGCCUACAGACAACAGGCUCAAGUCCAAGAUGAGAUGGAGUUGGAAACGAUGGCGGAGGCUGAACUUGCCAGGUUGAAAAGACAGUACCGGAUAAUGGAAAACGACCGAAUAGCUUAUGCAAAAGAGGCUCGAUUGCAACUUCGCAAUCAGCAGAAAAUAAUUGAUCGUCUCGAAUUUGAAAAGGCUGAACUCGCCAUUGCCAUUAAAGCAUCCAAGUCUGAAACAAAUACAAAAAAAGAUAAAGCUAUGGAGGCCCAACUGAAGUGCCUUCUAGCAAAACGGACCGAAUAUUUAGAAAUGAUUGCAAGCGAGAAACAACAAAUCGCUGAACUUCAGGAACAAAUUGUUAAGGUAUCGAAGGAAGUAGACGCUAUGAAGAAGAAAGUUCGCACGGAUGCUGAAUCGAAGGAAAUAGCGAUGAAGCAGAACAAGUUUGUCGCUAUACUGGAAAACCGACUAGAAGUGGUCACAAAAAGGUUUAAUUUGACGGUGGCACAUAAUGCGAAACUUCGCGAUGAAAUUGACAGUCUCCUGAAGGAGAGGACCCAGUUCAACGCUCAAUGGUCAAAACUCGCAGCUCAACUUAAUACGGGCAAAAGGAUCAUCAAUGAUCUGAUCGAGCAAGCAACCAUUGCUUUCAAUCAGAGGGAUGAAGAACUCAAUAAGUUACAUGCACUUCGUGAAAGGGGUGCAAGGGAUUUGAAAAGUCAUACAUCUGAAAUGUGCGAGCUUCAGAGAACUCUCGACAAUGAGAUAAAGCUUCAGGAGUUUCUAGGGGUCAAAGGUCAGUUUCGAGAGACAACUGAUUUGGAUACUAAAAAGGAAGCAGAAAAACUAGCCAAGAAGCAAGAAAUGGAGAAAAAAGUUGCCUCUUAUACACAGACCCUCAAUGCUGUCAAGGAGUUUACAGGAGAAGAUGAAAUCGACAAAUUAGCUGCUAAUUUUAUAAAGCAAGAAGAGGAGAACUUUGCUCUCUUUAGUUAUGUGAAUGAACUUAACGACGAGAUGGAAGGUCUUCAAACUCGUGUAGAACAACUGAGACUUGGUAUCGACGAGACUAAAGAUCUAAACACUCAGACAGGCCAGACACAGGCUGAGACCUUGAAAAAAUUAAAAAAAGAUCUUGAAGAAGAAACCGCGCUUGCCGAUGAGGCUGAAGAAAGCCUCGCAGAGGCCAAUGAAAAAAUGGAUAAGCUACUUAAAGGAAUCGACUCCCUGUUCCAAGCACUGCAUUGCGACAAUUCAUCCAUUCUUCAAUUACUUGGGGAUAAUUCUCAAGUUACAAAGGACAAUGUCAUGUUACAUCUUGGCCUUAUCGAAAAGCGCAUCACAGAUACUUUCAGCAAGGUGCACUAUGUUGACAAAGCGACAAAAGCGGAUGUGAGAUUAGAUGAAGAAAGAAAGCCCUUAUUGAAAAUCCCUGACCUUCCUACUAUUGCUCCCACACAACCUUGUCCUCUAUGUGCUGAGAAAGAGGAAUUCCAAAACGUGAGUGAGGGUUUAGAAGCUCCAUUGACUCGAACCGAAGCCGUAGAAAAACUGGAAGUGAGACUGGAAAACGAUUGUUCGGAAUUACUGCACAAUGUGUCCGGUUGCAACUUGCCAGCAGCAAGAAAGAUAAUGCAAAAGCGAUAUCAGUAAAAGUACAAAAGUUGGAAGAAAAUUGGCUGCAGGCGCUCUCUAACAAGUUACAUAAGUGGUUGUUGGCUCCACAGGCUCUGCUAGGUAAAAUUAUUAUCUGAGACUGAGACUCGUAAAUAAGACUCUUCAGUUGGUUAACAGAAGAUACCAUAAAGCCUGUUUGUAACUACAAACAUCAAAGUGGGAUUUUAUCGAACUAUUUUCUCAGAAGAUCAGUUGAUUCUCCAAUUUGAGAAAGGAACAAAGAAGAUUAUAAAGUAUCAGUAGAGUAUAAUUUCUACAUAAAGAGGUCAAAAAUAUACAAAUAUAAUUAUAAUUUUUCUAGUUAAUAUAACUUUUCUACUAUAUAUUCUUUAAUUGUAAAAAGUGUUUUUUUAAAAGUAU